AUGGCUUCACGUCCGCCCGCCAUUGCGCUCCUCCUCGUCCUUGCCGGCUUCGCCUCGCCGGCGGCGGCCUUCAACAUCACCAGGCUUCUCGGCGAGUUCUCCGACUUCAGCACCUUCAACAGCCUCCUGUCGCAGACGAAGCUCGCCGAGGAGAUCAACCGGCGGCAGACCAUCACCGUGCUCGCCGUUGACAAUGGCGCGGCGGGCGGCAUCUCCUCCCUCCCUUCCGACGUGCAGCGCAAGGUGCUCUCCAUGCACUUGGUCCUCGACUACUACGACACGGCCAAGCUCGGGGCCAUCAAGAACCACACCACCCUGCUGACCACGAUGUUCCAGUCCUCCGGCAAGGCCACCGACCGCAUGGGCUUCCUCAACUUCACCAAGCGCUCCGACGGCGUCAUGGUGUUCGGCUCCGCCCAGCCCGGCGCGCCCAAGAACUCCCAGAUGGUGAAGUCCGUCGCCUCCCGCCCGUACAACAUCUCCGUGCUGCAGGUCAGCGCCCCCAUCGUGCCACCCGGCGUCGGCGGCUCUGCGGACAGCGGCGCGCCGCCCCCGCAUAAUAAGGCCACGGCGCCGGCGCCUUCAACCAAGGGAAAGAAGAAGGGAGCCAAGGAUGCGGAGGCGCCUGCUCCGGGCCCGUCGUCUGACGACGACGACACCGGCGCGGACGCACCUGCCGACGCGCCUGGCCCGGCGGCGGACGGCCCUCCGGCGGAUGGCCCCACGGCUGAUGGCCCGGCGGCAGACGGCCCCACGGCGGACGGCCCGGCGGCCGACGAGCCACUCCGCCACUGGAGCAGCGACCACGCGGCUGAUGCGCCCGAGGGAUCGGCCGCCGGCAGGGUAGCGGUUGGUGCGGGGCUCGGAAUCGUGGCGCUUCUGAUGACGAUCAUUUGA